GCUCACUGCCCGCCGCUUGCAUUCGGCCGGCGCCCCGUCCCGCACGCAUCAACCCCGCCGCCCGGCAGCUCCGCUCCGCUCCCCCGGGGGCCUCCGUCCGGACUCGGGGCUGUCCCGCAACUUUUCAAGUUUUUCUUUCGGAAGGAGUUCGCGCCGGGACGCGCCCUAGCCCACCGCCACCAUGGAUGCCAUCAAGAAGAAGAUGCAGAUGCUGAAGCUGGACAAGGAGAACGCCUUGGACAGAGCCGAGCAAGCCGAAGCGGACAAGAAGGCAGCGGAGGAGAGAAGCAAGCAGCUGGAGGACGAGCUGGUGGCUCUACAAAAGAAGCUGAAGGCCACUGAGGAUGAGCUGGACAAAUACUCCGAGUCCCUUAAAGAUGCACAGGAAAAGUUGGAACUGGCUGACAAAAAGGCCACAGAUGCUGAGAGUGAAGUAGCUUCUCUGAACAGACGCAUCCAGCUGGUUGAGGAAGAGUUGGAUCGGGCUCAGGAGCGCUUGGCCACUGCCCUGCAGAAGCUGGAGGAGGCUGAGAAGGCUGCAGAUGAGAGUGAAAGAGGAAUGAAGGUCAUUGAAAACAGAGCCCAGAAGGAUGAAGAGAAGAUGGAAAUCCAGGAGAUCCAGCUUAAAGAGGCUAAGCACAUUGCUGAAGAGGCUGACCGCAAGUAUGAAGAGGUGGCUCGUAAGCUGGUGAUCAUUGAGAGUGACCUGGAGCGCGCUGAGGAGCGUGCUGAGCUAUCAGAAAGCAAAUGUGCUGAGCUUGAAGAGGAGUUGAAAACUGUGACCAACAACCUGAAGUCGCUGGAGGCUCAGGCUGAGAAGUACUCACAGAAAGAAGACAAGUAUGAAGAGGAGAUUAAAGUCCUGACUGACAAACUGAAGGAGGCUGAGACCCGUGCUGAGUUUGCUGAGAGGUCAGUAACCAAGCUGGAGAAGAGCAUUGAUGACCUAGAAGAUAAUUUUCUUUGCUUCAGUUCUCCAAAGACAUCUUCAUCGGGUUGGAUAAAACAUCUUUCCAAGCUUUGGAUGUUUCAUGGACUCAUUGUCCUGUCUCCUAGCUUAGUUGACUCUUCCUCUAUCACCUGUCUCAGAACAUGCUCUGUUUGUGCUCUGCUGUACAGAAACUACAUUUCUCAAUGUAAAAUAAAUAUCCCAGCUGUAUCCCUUUUGCUAUUCCUUUGCCUUUUAUUUAUUUAAGUAACUAUUUAAAUUAUUAAUAAAAUUCUAAGCUUUUAUGCCAUUAGGGAUUUCAUUUUUUGGUGUUUUCAUUUUUUAGCUGAAAACACUUUUGCCAGAAUGUUGAUAAUGCCAAGCCAGCAAGUGCAGUGUGUGAAAACUGACCAGUUAUUAUCUUAGUUUUUCUCAAACUCUGCUGCAGAUAAAAUGACAAAUAGAUGUAAUAGGAACUCUUCCAGUUGUUAUUGUUAGGACAAAAUUUGCAAGGACACUGCCUUCCUUGGGGUCAUUGGUCGUGGGAGCAUGGCUGAGGGAGCAGUUUCAUCCCUGAUGUAACCAGAUUUUUUACUUUAGAGCCUGAAAUCUUUUCCUAGCUUUAUGCUGAAGACUACUUAUCUCUAUUUAAAUGUGUUUGUUCAUAUAUUUGAGAAAGAUUUAGAGACAGCAUCAAAAACUUUAAAUUCUUUUUUUCACCCAAAAGUAUUCCUUGAAAUGUCUUGCAAAAAAGGUUUUCCCUCUUUCACACCUCAGUUAUUCAGUAAAGAUGAUGCUUGCUAACAUUUUGGGGUUUUUACAGUAUAUUUUUCUUGAGUUGCAGGAUAAUAUUGGAAGCUCAUUUGGAGAGUUUCAGUAGCUUUCCACUUGUGCUUAGUUCAGACUUGUGAGUUUGAAUUGCAGACUCAUGAGAAAUGUUUCAAAGCCGGAGUAGGAAAAUUUUAGUGAGUGAUUAUGCUAUUAAUGAAAUUACUCUGCUGCAAAGUGGAACAGCAUGGAUUUCAGGUUUUAGCUGAUUUGUCACUGUCUGAUUAAGGAUGAAGCAUUAAAUACUGACAUCUUGUGCUCUUUUUUAUUGUUAUUUGCAACUAGGGAGUUUAUUGCCUUAUUUUAACUUUAUUUACAUCACAGUGAAAGAAGUUGUUUUCCAGUUCACAUGGAAGUGAAAACCAGGUUGAUUUCUGGUGGUGCUGUAACUCUAUAUAUUGCUGAAGUUCCUAAGUCACCAAAGCUAAAUAAACUCAUUAUACCAUA